AUGACAGAUAGGGGAAGUGUAUCAAUAAGACUGAUUGUAUGUGGGCAUUGUAUUAAUGAAGAAAACAGUAUCAGACAGGGAAGAAGAGGCCUUAAUUUGGCUAACAAUAAUCCCACCGAUAUAGCAGAUGGAAAUCCUCCAGUUACACUUGGCCUUAUUUGGCAAAUCAUAUCAUACUUCCAGAUCGAGAACAAUGUUCAUUUGUUGAAAGAAUACGGGUUCGAGCUGGAUAGUCAAAUACCAUCAACUUCGAGCGUUUGUGUUGAUAGUAGCGAUCAGGACGAAAAAUUUGAAACACGGGUUCAGUCAGGUCUUAUUAGGGUUCCAGCUGAAAAAGUUUUUUUGCGUUGGAUAAAUUCUCAGUUAACUAGGGAUUAUGGAGUUAGAAUAUCGAAUAUGGGUUCGGACUGGAAGAAUGGCGUAGUGUUCAAUGCUUUGAUUCAUAAAUUAAAACCUGACCUUGUUAACAUGGAAGAAGUGCGUCAAUCCCCGCCGAAAGUGAACCUCGAGAAAGCAUUCCAACUGGCUAGCGAGCAUUUGCAUAUACAUCCGUUGUUGGAAGUAGAUGACAUGCUAAGCGGAGAGCCAGAUGAACGAAGCGUAAUGACUUACGUUUCACAGUUUAUCCAGUUGCCUUCGUUAUCACAUCCACCUCAGAGUAUACCAGUUUUUGAUAUUGAAUCACUGGAGGCCUGGCUUGAUAAAAGUUUAAGAAUUUUGCGUACGCCAUCUUCAGCUUCACUUUAUGAUCGGAAUCAAACUUACCUUAGUUUACGAAAGGAGUUCCUUGACCAUCGUCAGGCUUAUUGCAAACUAAGAGAGCUUCAACGUAAUAUCCCUUAUGGCAAGUGGAGUCAUAUUGAAAGCAAAUGGAAGGAGGUUGGGGAAUUGUUGUCAGAGCUGAGUCAUACUUUGGAUGAAGAACUUCCUGGACCUUUGUCUGAUCUGACUCAGUUCCUCACCAAUGCGGAACAAGUCAUACGCCGGCCCUUGGAACUCAAUGACGACGCUGAACAAUCACUGAGGAUAAUUAAAGAAGCGCAAGAAAAGUAUAAGAAGUUGGACGCGGAAUACUCGCGUUCAUCAGGAAAAUUCAAGCAGAUAUAUGUUAGUAGGCGGGUUGACGGACGAGAAAUUACAAGCGAGUUUUUGGAGCCGCUGAAGAAACGUUUCGAAAACGUAGGCCGUGAAAUUUCUCGUUUACUGAAACAUAUGCGUUUUUUACACGCCUAUUAUCGCGUUCUGGAAUACACUGAAUCCUUGAACCGGAAGAAGAAGCUGAUGAAGUCAGGGGAUUCCCUGACUUCUGUGAAACGUUGGAUCAAGGAGUAUGAGUUCAAUGCAGUACGGGAUACUAAUCCUGAGCGGAAACUCCAAACCUACAUCGACGAACUCGAAACGAUUAUUAUUUCUGAGAAUGACGAAACUAAAAAACGAUCUGUUCAGAAAUGUAAAAAAGAUGCAGACGACUGUCUUCGAGAUUUCAAUGCGAUGGAACGUGACUUACAUUCUCUUUCACAUCACUGGCAAGAAUUUGAACGGUGUGCAAAUGAGGUUGAAAAAACGGUUGAAAAGUCGGAGCGAGAAAAACGGAAUCUGUUGGAUUUUGGAGUUGACGAAAAGAUGCAAAGCUGUGAGAUAGCGCGGAAUGCUAUUGCACGUAUGUCUCAUGCAAAUGGCCGAGAAGCAGUAAACACUCGUCUUACUAAUUUGCGUGAACGCGUCAAUAAAAUUAGGAAGAUUCCCCUUGCUGGUCGCGAAGCUGAGGAGCCUAAGCAAGCUUCCCAACAGCCUCGUACUUUUAUCUUUAAGCACGUUUUUAGAAGCCGUCCUGAACGAGCUCCUUCUUCGACACCUGUACAUUCACCAACUCCAAGUCGUAUGAAUACUUGGAUGAGUGGUGUUAAUGAUGUGCUGUCCAGGAAGGUCUCAAAUCUGGACCAGUUGGAUACUAUGUCUAGACAAAUCAAAGAUUAUCAAGAAGAACUUCACACUGUCGAGAAGGAAAGAAUUGCCAUUUUGCAAGUUCGUAGGCAUAGCGAACAACAUACCAGUGAAUUCAUGAAAUUGAAAAGUCAGGUGCAGGCAAGACAACAACAGCUUAAAAAAGUGCGGCCAAUCCUUGCAAAAUAUGAAAAAAUUUAUAAAAAGACGCUUUUGGAAGUCGUCUCUUCUCCAAAGCGCUUGCGAAAGGACUCGAAAGAAAGCGCGGAAAAUUUAGAUCAUUUAGAACGAAUCUUAAAUAAUUCAUUAUCUCGAGAAGAGUACUCUUCUUGGAUUGAUAAGGUCACUAUGCAAACGCAACUAGAUGAUCUGCGUUCGAAGUUUGAGUCUGAGUUGAAUUUUGAUUACUGCGCCCAAGUAGUUCUUCAGUUUUCGUCGUUCCAUUGUGAACAGUCGAAAACGAAUUGUGGACUAUACAUUUGUUAUGAAAUUGUUUUCUUAUUUGGCGUUUCACUCAGAACAAACAUAAUGAAUAUAAAUUUAUUUGGUGAUCAACUUUUAAAGUGUAGGAAAAGAGAGGCGAUUGGAAGGGAGGCUACUGAUUUGAUCAAAGAGGUUCUUGUGAUUGAGUAA